GCUUUCCCCAUGGUAUUUACGUGCAUGGGUGAACCAUCAUUAUUUUCACUUGCUUCGGUUAAACAAUGGUUGCAAAAUAUCAUCCUUAUUUCUUCACAGGCAUUCGUCCCCCAAGAUCCUCCAAAGAUUACUCGAAUAUUAAAUGGACAGCCUUGGUGUUAUGUACUCUUUUGCACAGAUAUGGAGAACCAGGACAUUCCUGUGGAAAUGUUUCAAUAUAAUGGCUUUGCAGAAGGACAGACCAUUACAGUUAAACAUGGCCUUGCUGAAUGGAGUCUAAAAAUCACAGAUCAUUGUUUUGGAGGCGAAUGGAACCUUUUUUGCAAACACAACUAUAUUGACCUAAAUGACAUGCUUUUCUUGCGAAAAAGAUCAGAUUUCAUAUAUGAUGCACUGACUUUCUCGAGCAAUUGUCUACAAAUCUGGACACGCUGGACCUUGCCCUUAUCAAUGAUCCCUUACGAAUUCUUCGUUUCACAAGGAAGCUACAAUUCUAUUGCUCUUAUACUGUGUUCCUAUGUUAUAUAUGCACUCACACAUUCUUUCCUUUCAUUACAGAAGAUAUCAAAAGCCAGCCGAGUGCAACUUUGAUCACCUCGUCAAUCAAUCGAUUCUUCUCUCACGAUCUUAUGGCAUUAGAUGCUUUUUACCAAAUUUUUUCUUCCGAUGCUAAGUAUUCAAUGGAAGUUCCCGAGCAUGCUCAUCCAAGAUUACAUGAAUCAAGAACCCCAACUAUGGUCCUCACAAGUGGAACUAAAAACUAUAUCAUUGGAAUGACCGACAACAGAUUUCACCAAAACUGGAACAAAUUUGUUGAUGAUCAUGGUCUUCACCAAGGAGAAAUACUUGUAUUCAUACCCCAGUCCCGUACAUCCCUUACUGUUUUAAUUUUCGGAAUCAACGGCAUAGAAAUCAUGUAUCCAUGGCAUCAUACAUUUUACCUUUAAUAUAUUUGAAUCUUUGAUUACCAAA